AUGCGGGGCUCCGGGCCCCGGGGCGCGGGACGCCGGCGGCCCCCGGGCGGCGGCGGCGGCCCCCCCAGCACCCCUGCGUCUCUGGCCGGCUGCUACUCCGCACCUCGCAGGGCCCCCCUCUGGACGUGCCUUCUCCUGUGCGCCGCGCUCCGGACCCUCCUGGCCAGCCCCAGCAACGAAGUGAAUUUGUUGGAUUCACGGACUGUCAUGGGGGACUUGGGAUGGAUUGCUUUUCCAAAAAAUGGGUGGGAAGAAAUUGGUGAAGUUGAUGAAAAUUAUGCCCCUAUCCACACAUACCAAGUAUGCAAAGUUAUGGAACAGAAUCAGAAUAACUGGCUUUUGACCAGUUGGAUCUCCAACGAAGGUGCUUCCAGAAUCUUCAUAGAACUCAAGUUUACUCUGAGGGACUGCAACAGUCUUCCUGGGGGACUGGGGACCUGUAAGGAAACUUUUAACAUGUAUUACUUUGAGUCAGAUGAUGAGAAUGGGAGAAACAUCAAGGAAAACCAGUACAUCAAAAUUGAUACCAUUGCUGCCGAUGAAAGCUUUACAGAACUUGAUCUUGGUGACCGUGUCAUGAAGCUGAAUACAGAAGUCAGAGAUGUAGGACCUCUAAGCAAAAAGGGAUUUUAUCUCGCUUUUCAGGAUGUGGGUGCUUGCAUUGCUCUCGUUUCUGUGCGUGUGUACUAUAAAAAAUGCCCUUCUGUGGUACGACACUUGGCUAUCUUCCCUGACACAAUCACUGGAGCUGAUUCUUCGCAGUUGCUUGAAGUGUCGGGCUCCUGUGUCAACCAUUCUGUGACAGAUGAACCACCCAAAAUGCACUGCAGUGCUGAAGGGGAGUGGCUGGUGCCCAUCGGGAAAUGCAUGUGCAAGGCAGGAUAUGAAGAGAAGAACGGCACCUGUCAAGUGUGCAGACCUGGGUUCUUCAAAGCCUCACCUCACAGCCAGAGCUGCAGCAAAUGUCCACCUCACAGUUAUACCCAUGAGGAAGCUUCAACCUCUUGUGUCUGUGAAAAGGAUUAUUUCAGGAGGGAGUCUGAUCCACCCACAAUGGCAUGCACAAGACCCCCCUCAGCUCCUCGGAAUGCCAUCUCAAAUGUUAAUGAAACUAGUGUCUUUCUGGAAUGGAUUCCUCCUGCUGACACUGGUGGAAGGAAAGAUGUGUCAUAUUAUAUUGCAUGCAAGAAGUGCAACUCACAUGCAGGUGUGUGUGACGAGUGUGGCGGUCAUGUCAGGUACCUCCCCCAGCAAAUCGGCCUGAAAAACACCUCUGUCAUGAUGGUGGAUCUGCUCGCUCACACAAACUAUACCUUUGAGAUUGAGGCAGUGAAUGGAGUGUCCGACUUGAGCCCAGGAGCCCGGCAGUAUGUGUCUGUAAAUGUAACCACAAAUCAAGCAGCUCCCUCUCCAGUCACCAAUGUGAAAAAGGGGAAAAUUGCAAAAAACAGCAUCUCCUUGUCUUGGCAAGAGCCAGAUCGCCCCAAUGGAAUCAUCCUGGAGUAUGAAAUCAAAUAUUUUGAAAAGGACCAAGAGACCAGCUAUACAAUUAUCAAGUCUAAAGAGACAACUAUAACUGCAGAGGGCUUGAAACCAGCUUCAGUGUAUGUCUUCCAAAUUCGAGCACGCACAGCAGCAGGCUAUGGUGUCUUCAGUCGAAGAUUUGAGUUUGAAACCAUCCCAGUGUCAGUUGCAGCAUCCAGCGAUCAAAGCCAGAUUCCUAUAAUUGCCGUGUCUGUGACAGUGGGAGUCAUUUUGUUGGCAGUGGUUAUUGGCUUCCUCCUCAGUGGAAGUUGCUGCGAUUGUGGCUGUGGAAGGGCUUCUUCCCUGUGCGCUGUUGCCCAUCCAAGCCUAAUAUGGCGGUGUGGUUACAGCAAAGCAAAACAAGAUCCAGAAGAGGAAAAGAUGCAUUUUCAUAAUGGGCACAUUAAACUGCCAGGAGUAAGAACUUAUAUUGAUCCACAUACCUAUGAGGAUCCCAAUCAAGCUGUCCAUGAAUUUGCCAAGGAGAUAGAAGCUUCAUGCAUCACCAUUGAAAGAGUUAUUGGAGCGGGUGAAUUUGGUGAAGUUUGUAGUGGACGUUUGAAACUUCCAGGAAAAAGAGAAUUACCUGUGGCAAUUAAAACCCUUAAAGUAGGCUAUACUGAAAAGCAACGCAGAGAUUUCCUGGGUGAAGCAAGUAUCAUGGGGCAGUUUGACCAUCCUAACAUCAUUCACUUAGAAGGUGUUGUGACCAAGAGUAAGUACAGUGGUAAACCAGUGAUGAUAGUGACAGAGUAUAUGGAAAAUGGCUCUUUAGAUACAUUUUUAAAGAAAAAUGACGGGCAGUUCACUGUGAUCCAGCUGGUUGGUAUGCUGAGAGGCAUCGCUGCAGGAAUGAAGUACCUUUCCGACAUGGGCUACGUGCAUAGAGACCUUGCUGCCAGAAACAUCUUAAUCAAUAGUAAUCUUGUGUGCAAAGUGUCUGACUUCGGGCUUUCCAGGGUACUGGAAGAUGAUCCUGAGGCAGCCUACACCACGAGGGGAGGCAAAAUUCCAAUCAGAUGGACCGCCCCAGAAGCUAUAGCUUUCCGAAAGUUUACCUCUGCCAGUGAUGUCUGGAGCUACGGAAUCGUAAUGUGGGAGGUUGUGUCUUAUGGAGAGAGACCCUACUGGGAGAUGACCAACCAAGAUGUGAUUAAAGCCGUAGAGGAAGGCUACCGUCUGCCAAGCCCCAUGGACUGUCCUGCUGCUCUCUACCAAUUAAUGCUGGAUUGCUGGCAGAAAGACCGGAAUAGCAGGCCCAAGUUUGAUGAAAUCGUCAAUAUGUUGGACAAGCUGAUCCGUAACCCGAGUAGCUUGAAGACGCUGGUUAAUGCAUCGAGCAGAGUAUCUACCUUAUUGGCAGAACAUGGCUCACUGGGAUCUGGGGCCUACAGAUCAGUAGGUGAAUGGCUAGAAGCAAUCAAAAUGGGCCGAUAUACAGAGAUUUUCAUGGAAAAUGGAUACAGUUCAAUGGACGCUGUGGCUCAGGUGACCUUGGAGGAUUUGCGACGGCUUGGAGUGACUCUUGUUGGUCACCAGAAGAAGAUUAUGAACAGCCUUCAAGAAAUGAAGGUGCAGCUGGUCAACGGGAUGGUGCCAUUGUAA